AUGCAAGAUCAAUGCCUCGGAUACGCCAAGGAACGGCCCCUCCGGUGGACGAAUAGCGUCGCCAGUCGCGGGAAAUGGAUGGGAAAGACCGUGCCAAGCGUUGGAUCGCCGAUGUCAAUCGGUCGGUUACUAAUUGAUCCUGGUCUCCAAGACCUGACCAGGCCCAUGCGAGAGAAUAUCGCCUACUUCGAGCGAAAUUGCAGCCCAGAGUGUGUGAUAUAUGACUUGGGACCGAAUAACCCAUUCAAAGAAUUCAUGAGCCUAAUCCCGUCCAGUCGGGGGCUUUGUCAUAUUAUGGUUUCCAUAGCGGCGCUGCACCAGGCGCAGCGGGAGUUAAGUAGUACCCGAUUAAUCGGUAACGAGCAGUUUCCUGGAGCACUGGACACUGCCGAACGGGCAAGAGACUCACCCCGGUUCUACGAUUAUCUCUAUCACAAACAACAGGCUCUUUAUCUGUUAAGGACUAGGUACCACGAGGCAUUAUCUCAGGACUCUUAUGGCGUUAUUGCUUCCGUCCUCCUGUUCAUUUGGCUAGCGUGUGUGGAAAGCGGGAGAAACACCUGGGCAUAUCAUCUCAACGGAUUGAAGGAGAUUAUGCAGGCCCAGAUCCUGUCUAUGAAUUCAGCGCCGUCAACCAGCUUGACUGCGGCAUUCUGCCGAUUCUAUGAAUACUUUGACACGAGCUAUGCCAUCUUCGAAAUUCUCGGCUCGACAUUGGUAAAAUCCAAACAGCAAUAUAAGCCUCUCUUCACAUCAAUACCGAUCAUUGACAUCCUCAAACGGUCUGAGUCCUUAACAUGGACGGGCUGUCCCGCAGACGUUCUCUACGUACUGUCACUCGUCAACUCCGCUUGUUCAGGUCCGGUCGCCCCGGGGCCGGACGUUAUCGUUCACCUUUUCUCUCAGAUCGAGACCUUCUCUCCUCGAAAAUGGGCUUUUGCAACGCCCAAUAUGUCUUACCUAACCGUCCGGUAUCAUGUUGCAUGCAUAUACAAAGCAGCCGCGUUGAUCUACAUGUCUCAGGUCUUUUCCCAUACAUCACAGCAGUAUUACCCAAUCGAAUCGAAUAUGCCCAGCUCACUGGAUUCCAUAAUUGCCCAUUUCACCUCGGUAGGCCCGGGGGACACUCAUUUCAAAGGACUAUUGUGGCCAGCGUUCAUCAUUGGAGCUGAGACACAAACCGAGCAUCAGAGAUCCGCAAUUAUGGAGGUGUUCGAGCAUCUGUGGAGCUUUUGGCGCGCUCAUAAUGUUAGCCACGCGCUAGAGGUUCUCCAGAAGAUCUGGCAGCGACAAGCCACCCCUGAGGGAACGUCACAGCCUUGGAUUGAAUACCUGUAUGAACAAGGGGAAAAUUGGAUGUUCGUAUAG